UCCUGUGAAGGUGGCUUCCGCUGCUGCCGCGCUGCAGGUGAGCUGUUGUCUGCCUUAAGGGUUCUGGUGGCUGUAGCAGAACCUCUGUCGCACUGUGACCUGCACUGGCUGUGGGGAUCGUAGGAAGGACUCGGGGGACCCAGGAGCCCUGGAAAUGGACUCAGUGACCAUUGAGGACGUGGCUGUGAACUUCACCCCAGAGGAGUGGGCUUUACUGGAUCCCUCACAGAAGAAACUCUACAGAGAUGUGAUGUGGGAAACCUUCAGACACCUGGCCUCAGUAGGAAUAACAUGGGAAGAUUGUGAUCUUGAAGAUCACUGCAAAGACCAGGGGAGAAAAGUAAGAAAGCACAGGGUAGGGAGACUCUGUGAAAGUGAAGAAGGUAGUCAAUGUGGAGAAAACUUCAGCCUUCUUCCAAAUCUCAGUGAGAACAAGAAAACUACAGGAGCUAAACCAUGGGGAUGCAGUGCAUGUGGAAGAGUCUUCAUGCAUCAUUCAUCCCUCAAAACACACAUUAGAUGUCACACUGAACAUAAAACAUAUGAGUAUCAAAAAUAUGGAGAGAAGCCAUAUAAAUGUAAGAAAUGUGGGAAAGCCUUCACUUAUCUUGCUUUGCUUCGACCACAUGAAAGAACUCAUAGUGGAGAGAAACCCUAUGAAUGUAAAAAAUGCAGUAAAGCAUUCACUUCUUCCAGUUCUCUACAAGUACAUGAAAGAAUUCAUACUGGAGAGAAACCGUAUGAAUGUAACAAAUGCAGUAAAGCAUUUACUUGUUCCAGUCAUCUUCGACUUCAUGAAAGAAUUCAUACUGGAGAGAAACCCUAUGAAUGUAAGAAGUGCAGUAAAGCAUUCACUUCUUCCAGUUCUCUUCAAGUUCAUGAAAGAACUCAUACUGGAGAGAAACCCUAUGAAUGUAAGAAGUGCAGUAAAGCAUUCACUUCUUCCAGUUCUCUUCAAGUUCAUGAAAGAACUCAUACUGGAGAGAAACCCUAUGAAUGUAAGAAGUGCAGUAAAGCAUUCACUUCUUCCAGUUCUCUUCAAGUUCAUGAAAGAACUCAUACUGGAGAGAAACCCUAUGAAUGUAAGAAGUGCAGUAAAGCAUUCACUUCUUCCAGUUCUCUUCAAGUUCAUGAAAGAACUCAUACUGGAGAGAAACCCUAUGAAUGUAAAACAUGCAGUAAAGCAUUUACUUCUUCCAGUCAUCUUCGACUUCAUGAAAGAAUUCAUACUGGAGACAAACCCUAUGAAUGUAAGAAGUGCAGUAAAGCAUUCACUUCUUCCGGUCAUCUUCGAAUCCAUGAAAGAACUCAUAGUGGAGAGAAACCCUAUGAAUGUAAAAAAUGCAGUAAAGCAUUCACUUGUUCGCGUUAUCUUCACAGACAUGAAAGAAUUCAUACUGGAGAGAAACCGUAUGAAUGUAAGAAAUGCAGUAAAGCAUUCUCUUCUUCCAGUUCUCUUCACAUACAUAAAAGAAUUCAUACACAUGAAAGAAUUCAUACUGGAGAGAAACCCUAUGAAUGUAAAAAAUGCAGUAAAGCAUUCGCUUAUUCCCGUUAUCUUCAAAGACAUGAAAGAAUUCAUACUGGAGAGAAACUGUAUGAAUGUAAGAAAUGCAGUAAAGCAUUCACUUCUUCCAGUUCUCUUCACAUCCAUAAAAUAAUUCAUACUGGAGAGAAAUCCUAUGAAUGUAAAAAAUGCAGUAAAGCAUUCACUUCUUCCGGUUCUCUUCACAGACAUGAAAGAAUUCAUACUGGAGAGAAACCCUAUGAAUGUAAAACAUGCAGUAAAGCAUUCACUUUUUCCAGUUGUCUUCACAGACAUGAAAGAACUCAUACUGGAGAGAAACCCUACAAAUGUAAAAGAUGCACUAAAGCAUUCACUUGUUCCCGUUAUCUUCAAGUUCAUGAAAGAAGUCAUACUGGAGAGAAACCCUUUGAAUGUAAAAAAUGCAGUAAAGCAUUCACUUGUUCCCGUUAUCUUCACAGACAUGAGAGAAUUCAUACUGGAGAGAAACCCUAUGAAUGUAAGACGUGCAGUAAAGCAUUCACUUCUUCCAGUUCUCUUCACAGACAUGAAAGAACUCAUACUGGAGAGAAACCCUACAAAUGUAAAAGAUGCAUUAAAGCAUUCACUUGUUCCCGUUAUCUUCGAGUUCAUGAAAGAACUCAUACUGGAGAGAAACCCUUUGAAUGUAAAAAAUGCAGUAAAGCAUUCGCUUGUUCCAGUUAUCUUCGAGUCCAUGAAAGAAGUCAUAGUUGAGAAAAACCUUUUGAAUGUAAAAUAUGUGGUAAAGCCUGCAUUUCUACCAGUUCUCUUUCAAAACAUGAAAGAACACACACAAGAGGGAAAUCCUAUGAAUGUAAAAUCUGCAGUAAAGCAUUCUCUUCUUCCACUUCUCUUCAAAGACAUGGAAGAACUCACACUGGAGAGAAACCCUUUGAAUGUAAAAUAUGUCAUAAAGCCUUCAGUUCUACCAGUUCUCUUUCAGUACAUGACAGAGCUCAUACAGGAGAGAAACCCUAUGAAUGUAAAAACUGCAGUAAAGCAUUCACUUGUUCCAGUUCUCUUCGAAAACAUGAAAGAACUCACACUGGAGAGAAGCCCUAUGAAUGUAAAGAAUGCAGCAAAGCCUUCACUGCUUCCAAAUAUCUUUGAGU